AUGCCUCUCUGGCAAAUCUAUCACCCACACGGCACUUUCGAGGACGAUGCGUCCAAACAAGCCUUUGCAGACGACAUCACCAAGAUGUACGUCGGAUUUGGUCUGCCAGCCUUCUACGUGGUAACCCAAUUCCACAAGAUGGAAAGCAACAACGUUUUCGUUGGCGGGAAAAUAAGAACUGCCACUGAUAAACCAUUUGUACGCGUGGUGAUAAACCACGUCGCGGUCCGCAUUCCCGAUUCCGAUGCAGCAUUCCUUCGCACUACCUCUCGCCUGGAUGAGGCUAUGAAACCCCAUCUCUUGGAUAAGGGAUAUGAUUUUGAAUAUACCGUUGAAGAGACGGAGAGACGGCUUUGGAAGAUUAAUGGUUUGAUUCCUCCUCCUAACAAAAGUGCCGAGGAGCGGGUUUGGGCUGAGGAGAAUAAGCCGUUGCCUUAUGAGGGUGCUUAUCCGCCCAAGUGA